AUGAGCUUGGAUAACAUUACUUUAAUGGAUUUUUGGUUUGAACUGCUCAUGAUUUUGAUUGCUACUUUGUAUGCUUCAUUUUAUUUGAUCGGUAAACGUGCUAACCGAGAAAUCGCUCGUGGAUGGAUGAAAGGAACAUUUGAAUUGUGGCAAAUGCAGUUUUCCCAUAUUGGAUCUAAUGAUGGACAUAAGCUUAUUAUGGACGGACCUCGCGAUUUUAUCUUUUACGCUUCGGGCCGUACUUUUGUCAAACAUGUAUAUGGAUAUGUUCAUCUAGUUGCUCGCCACGAUCUUGUUCAAUGGCUUAUAGACUAUUACCUAGGAAAUGAUCAGUACGACAAAGUGACUCUUACUUUUACUUUCAAUGACAAAGUCGCUGAUCCAUUCACAUUUGCAAUUCUUCCAAAAGCUACUGGAGACUCGAUCAAAGCCAAUCGUUGGGAUCUUAAUAACUUUCCAAAAGUUCGCGAUCUUCCUGGGUUUCCAAAAAGUCACUAUAUGAUCAUGACAGAUGCACCCGAGUUUGCUGUAGCUGUGUGGGACGAUCCAGCUAUUCGUGCUACUAUUUUUAAAUCUAUUGGUCUUGAUGAAAACGGCAACGGAGAUACUUUGUUCAAAGAACCUCUGAUUGACCAGAUUAUUCUUACCGAUCUACCCACAGUCAAGCCUGAAACGAUAGAAGCACUCAAGCAACCACGCACAUUGAAUAUGACGUACCGCAUUCCUAAUGCUCAACCCCCAACCAAAGACAUGAUUGACACCAUGUGUCAGAUGAACCAACUUGGAUUUGAUCUAGUCGACUAUGUUGGUCAAAAGGGAUUACUAAGUAUAGAUGAGCUGGCGGACAAAAAAAUCAAGGAUAAAAAGUUGAAGGAGGAGCAAAUCUACAAGCUUUCAGUAGAGGAACAGCGCAAGUAUGAAGAAAAGGAGCGUAAGCGUGAGCAAAAAAGGAAGGAUGCCAAGAUGAAGAAAAAAAGCAAAAGUGUCAAGAUGUAA